CUCCUGAGCCUAUGCAAAGCCUCCAGACAGCUAUUAGUACUAGGAGCAGAGAGGUUGUUUUGGUGUGCUCCAGCGCAGAGAGUGAAGGCAAGCUCCAAGCGCGCCCCAAAGUUCCCGCCCUCCACUUUCCCCCAGGGUCUGCAGCCCAGGGGUUUCGGGGCGGUCCACAUAGCAGAGAAGCAGGCAGGAUAGUGCCAGCCUCUAAAAUCCUCCCCCCACCCCACCACACACUUAACUCUUCUGUCACCUUCCCAAGGCUUGAGCAGCACGCUGAGCCCUGGGGGCCACCAGGGCGGGGAGAGCAGCAUUCGUUUGCGGAGCCAGGGGCGUGGGAGCUGCAGCCAGCGGGACCCCAGAGGCCAGAGGCUUCCCUGCAGCCACGCCACGCCACGGAGUCACUUCCAGGCUCCCCUGCUCUCCAGCUGCUAAGCGAUCUUGUGCUGGGGACUGUGCACUUUGGCUGUACACUCCUCAAAUCCACCCCAGGCUGGGUAGAAGUUUCCCUGAGCUUUCAAGUUGGGCAUUUUUCAGCCUACAACCUGAACAUGCUGCUGGUCGUGUUCCUGACGAUGAUUUGUUUCCACGUGUGUGUGAACCAAGAUUCUGGCCCAGAGUACGCAGAUGUGGUAUUUCUGGUGGAUAGUUCAGAUCACCUAGGGAUUAAGUCCUUUCCUCUUGUGAAGACGUUCAUCCAGAAGAUGAUCAGCAGCCUCCCCAUAGAGGCCAACAAGUACCGAGUGGCCCUGGCCCAGUACAGUGAUGCUCUCCACAACGAGUUCCAGCUGGGCACCUUCAAGAACAGGAACCCCAUGCUGAACCACCUGAAGAAGAACUUGGGGUUCAUCGGUGGGUCCCUGAAGAUAGGGAACGCCCUGCAGGAGGCUCACAGGACCUAUUUCUCUGCUCCCACAAACGGAAGAGACAAGAAACAGUUUCCCCCAAUCCUGGUGGUGCUGGCUUCCGCGGAGUCUGAGGAUGAUGUGGAAGAGGCUUCAAAGGCCCUGCGGGAAGAUGGGGUGAAAAUCGUCUCUGUGGGGGUACAGAAGGCUUCUGAGGAAAACCUGAAGGCCAUGGCCACCUCGCAGUUCCAUUUCAACCUCAGGACUGCCAGAGACCUCAGUAUGUUUGCCCCAAACAUGACACAGAUCAUCAAGGAUGUAACUCAGUACAGGGAAGGAAUGGCUGAUGACAUUAUUGUAGAAGCUUGCCAAGGCUCUUCUGUGGCUGAUGUGGUGUUCCUGUUGGAUAUGGCCAUUAAUGGCAGCCAAGAGGACCUAGAUCAUCUUAAAGCAUUCCUGGGGGAGAGUGUCUCUGCCCUUGACAUAAAGGAAAAUUGCAUGAGGGUUGGCCUGGUGACCUAUAGCAACGAGACAAGGGUGAUCAGUUCUCUGAGCAUGGGUGUCAACAAGACGGAGGUCUUGCAGCACAUACAGGAUCUGUCCCCUCAGGUAGGGCAGGCCUACACUGGAGUUGCCCUCAGAAAGACUAGGAAGGAAGUCUUCAGUGCACAGAGGGGCAGUCGGAAGAACCAAGGGGUACCUCAGAUCGCUGUGCUGGUGACCCACAGAGCUUCAGAAGACAAUGUGACCAAGGCAGCUGCCAAUCUCCGGCGGGAGGGAGUGACCAUCUUUACCAUGGGCAUAGAGGGGGCUAACCCAGACCAGCUAGAGAAGAUCGCAUCCUACCCUGCUGAGCAGUUCACCUCCAAACUGAGCAACUUCUCUGAGCUGGCCACCCACAACCAGACGUUCUUGAAGAAACUACGGAACCAAAUCACACACACGGUCUCUGUCUCCUCAGAACGGACUGUGGCCCUCAAAUCUGCCUGCGUGGACACAGAGGAAGCUGAGAUCUAUCUGCUCAUUGAUGGUUCAGGGAACACCCAGCCCACAGACUUCCAUGAAAUGAAGGCCUUCCUGUCAGAGGUGGUGAGCAUGUUCAACAUUGCUCCCCACAAGGUUCGGGUAGGGGCUGUGCAGUACGCUGACACUUGGGACUUGGAAUUUGACAUCUCUAAGUACGCUAACAAGCCUGACUUGGGCAAGGCCAUCGAGAAUAUCAGGCAGAUGGGCGGGAACACCAACACGGGGUCAGCCCUGAACUUCACUCUGACGCUGUUGCAAAGAGCAAAGAAGGAUCGAGGAAGCAAAGUGCCGUGUCACCUGGUGGUUCUGACAAGUGGCAUGUCCCAGGACAGUGUCCUGGAGCCUGCACAGAAGCUGAGAGAGGAAAAUAUCCGAGUGUAUGCAAUCGGCGUCAAGGAAGCCAACCAAACACAGCUGCGAGAGAUAGCAGGAGAGGAAAAGCGAGUUUACUACGUCCAUGAAUUUGAUGCCUUGAGGGACAUAAGGAACCAAGUGGUUCAGGAUAUCUGCACUGAAGAAGCCUGCAGAGACAUGAAAGCAGACAUCAUGUUUCUGGUGGACAGUUCUGGCAGCAUCGGACCUGAAAACUUCAGCAAGAUGAAGAUGUUUAUGAAGAACCUGGUUAGCAAAUCCCAGAUCGGGGCUGACCGAGUGCAAGUUGGCGUGGUCCAGUUCAGCCAUGAAAACAAGGAGGAGUUUCAACUCAACACAUUCAUGUCUCAAAGUGACAUUGCCGCCGCCAUUGACCGAAUGACUCACAUAGGAGAAACAACCAUGACAGGCAGUGCCCUGACCUUUGUGUCUCAGUACUUCAGUCCCGACAAGGGGGCCCGGCCCAAUGUCAGGAAGUUCCUCAUUCUCAUCACAGAUGGUGAGGCUCAGGACCUAGUAAGGGACCCAGCGGUUGCCCUUCGCAAAGAAGGUGUGAUUAUCUAUUCUGUGGGAGUAUUUGGCUCCAAUGUCACCCAGCUCGAGGAGAUCAGUGGGAAGCCAGAGAUGGUUUUCUAUGUUGAGAAUUUUGACAUUCUGCAGCAUAUUGAAGAUGACCUCGUACUGGGAAUCUGCAGUCCCCGUGAAGAAUGCAAGCGGAUUGAAGUUUUGGAUGUGGUGUUUGUCAUCGAUAGCUCCGGCAGCAUUGACCAUCAAGAAUAUAACAUCAUGAAGGACUUCAUGAUUGGCUUGGUGAAAAAAGCUGAUGUGGGCAAGAAUCAGGUCCGGUUUGGAGCUCUGAAAUAUGCUGAUGACCCAGAAGUGCUGUUUUACCUGGAUGAGCUAGGCACAAAGCUGGAGGUGAUUUCGGUGCUCCAGAAUGACCAUCCCAUGGGUGGUAAUACUUAUACUGCUGAGGCCCUGGCCUUCUCCGAUCACAUGUUCACUGAAGCCCGGGGCAGCCGUCUGCACAAGGGAGUCCCCCAAGUCCUCAUUGUGAUUACCGAUGGAGAAUCUCAUGAUGCAGAGAAGCUCAACACCACCGCCAAGGCCCUGAGGGACAAAGGCAUUCUUGUCCUGGCUGUGGGCAUUGCUGGUGCCAACAUCGGGGAGCUCUUGGCCAUGGCAGGGUCAAGUGACAAGUACUACUUUGUAGAGACCUUUGGAGGCCUGAAGGGGAUAUUUUCCGAUGUGUCAGCCAGUGUCUGUAACUCUUCAAAAGUCGAUUGCGAAAUUGAAAAGGUUGACCUUGUAUUCCUCAUGGAUGGUUCAAACAGCAUCCAUCCAGAUGACUUCCAGAAGAUGAAGCGGUUUUUGGCAUCAGUUGUUCAAGACUUCGAUGUCAGCCUCAACAGAGUCCGCGUAGGAGUGGCACAGUUCAGUCACAGCUACAGGUCAGAGUUUCUGCUGGGGGCAUUCACGGGGGAAAAGGAGAUAUCUACACAGAUUGAGGGCAUCCAGCAGAUCUUUGGAUACACCCACAUCGGAGAUGCACUCCGGAAGGUGAAGCAUUACUUUCGUCCAGACAUGGGCAGCAGGAUCAACGCAGGUACCCCUCAGGUGCUGCUGGUCCUUACAGAUGGCCGGUCUCAAGAUGAGGUGGCUCAGGCUGCUGAGGAGUUGAGGCACAAAGGUGUGGACAUCUACUCUGUGGGCAUUGGGGACGUGGAUGACCAGCAGCUGCUCCAGAUCACAGGGACAGCAGAGAAAAAACUGACGGUGCAAAACUUCGACGAGCUGAAAAAGGUGAAGAAAAGGAUCGUUCGGAACAUCUGUACCUCGGGUGGUGAGAGCAAUUGUUUUGUGGAUGUGGUGGUUGGAUUUGAUAUCUCAAGCCAGCAGAGAGGGCAGACUUUGCUUGAAGGUCAGCCUUGGAUGGGAUCCUACCUCCAAGAGCUCUUGCGUGCCAUCAGCUCCCUCAAUGGGGUCAGCUGUGAGGUGGGCACAGAGACUCAAGUGAGCAUAGCCUUUCAAGUGACAAAUGCUAUGGAAAGAUACCCUUCCAAGUUUGAGAUCUACAGUGAGAACAUACUGAGCAGCCUGCAGAGUGUGACAGUGAACGGCCCAUCUCGCCUCAACACAAACCUGCUAAGUUCUCUGUGGGAUACGUUUCAGAAUAAAUCCGCUGCUCGUGGGAAGGUGGUCCUUCUAUUUUCGGAUGGAUUGGAUGAUGGUGUUGAAAAACUUGAACAGAAGUCUGAUGAACUCAGAAAGGAAGGCCUGAAUGCCCUUAUAACCAUUGCUGUGGACGGAGCUGCCGAUUCCAGUGAGCUGGCUGACCUUCUCUACAUUGAAUUCGGGAAAGGAUUUGAGUACAGAACACAGUUCACAAUUGGAACGUGGAACCUUGGGAGUCAGCUGUCAAAGCAACUAAUUAAUGUUGCAGAAAGGACCUGCUGCUGUCUACUCUGCAAGUGCACAGGAGGGGACGGCGCCAUGGGGGACCCAGGCUCUGCAGGAAAAAAGGGACUCCCAGGAUUCAAAGGCAGUGAAGGCUACCUGGGAGAAGAGGGCAUUGCUGGAGAAAGAGGGGCCUCUGGACCAAUGGGAGAGCAAGGUAUAAAGGGAUGCUUCGGUGCCAGAGGGCCUAAGGGAGCCAGAGGACUCAGUGGAGAAGAGGGUGAAGCCGGGGAAGAUGGCCUCGAUGGACUAAACGGAGAACAGGGUGACAGUGGGAUUCCUGGAAGAAGAGGAGAAAGGGGUGAUGAGGGAUCUCAGGGAAGCCCAGGCAAGAGAGGGCCUUCUGGUGACCGUGGAGCAAAGGGCCUGCGAGGAGAUCCGGGAACUCCUGGAUGUGACAGUAGCAUACAAGGACCCAAGGGCUUGAAAGGAGACCUUGGAAGACAAGGCAGAAGAGGCUGGCCAGGCUCUCCUGGAACACCAGGCUCAAGAAGAAAGAUGGUAGCUCAUGGCCGAAGAGGACACAUAGGCCCACAGGGAAAUCCAGGCAUCCCAGGCCCAAAUGGACUUGCAGGUUCGCCUGGACUCAAGGGCCCACAGGGUCCAAGAGGAGAGGUCGGUGAGAAAGGAGAAAAAGGAGGCCAGGGAAUGAAAGGUCCCCAGGGGCCUCCAGGACCCGGAGGACAAGCUGGGAACCAAGGCCAUUUGGGAAGCCAAGGAAACAAAGGAGAACCUGGAGACCUGGGAGAAAAGGGAGCAGCUGGCUUUCCAGGUCCUCGGGGCCUGCAGGGUGACGAUGGCAGUCCGGGAUAUGGUAGCAUUGGCCGCAAAGGGACAAAGGGGCAAGAAGGAUUCCCUGGAGAGAGUGGACAGAAGGGUGAUACUGGGGACCCUGGUGAUCCAGGAGAGGCUGGUCCCAAGGGAGCCAGAGGCAAAACGGUAUCUGCUGGGAUUCCAGGAGAGCCAGGAUCCCCCGGGGAACCAGGACCCCCUGGACGAAAGGGCAUGAAAGGGGCCCAAGGACUGGCUUCAUUUUCCACAUGUGACCUCAUUCAGUAUGUGCAGGACCACAGUCCUGGCAGACAUGGAAAACCUGAGUGCCCAGUGCAUCCAACUGAGUUAGUGUUUGUCCUGGACCAGUCCCGGGAUGUCACAGAGCAGGACUUUGAGCGGAUGAAGGGGAUGAUGGUCUCCCUAAUUAAGGAUGUCAAGGUUAGGGAGGCCAGCUGCCCCGUGGGUGCCCGCAUUGCCAUCCUAGCCUACGACUCCCACACCAGGCACCUCAUCCGUUUCUCAGAUACCUAUAGGAAAGACCAACUGCUCAGGGAAAUUAAAGCUCUUCCUUAUGAGAGGUCCUCCGACAGCCGGGAGAUUGGCAAAGCCAUGAGGUUCGUCUCCAGGAAUGUCUUCAAGAGAACCCUUCCAGGGGCUCAUGUGAGAAGAAUCGCCACAUUUUUUAGCGGUGGUCAGUCGGCCGAUACCCAGUCUAUUACCACAGCCGCCAUGGAGUUCAGUGCCCUGGACAUUGUACCAGUGGUGAUUGCGUUCAGCAGCGUGCCCUCCAUCAAGCGUGCCUUUUCGGUUGAUGACACUGGCACAUUCCAAGUCAUUGUGGUUCCCUCCACAUCUGAUGAAGUGCCAGCAUUAGAGAGACUCCAGCGGUGCACUUUCUGCUAUGAUCUAUGCAAGCCGGAUGCUUCUUGUGACCAAGCCAAACCACCCCCGACUCAGUCCUACCUGGAUGCUGCAUUCCUACUGGAUAGCUCUCGGCGCGUGGGAAGUGCAGAGUUUGAAGACAUGAGAGACUUCCUGGAGGCACUGCUAGAUCACUUCGAAAUCACUUCAGAGCCAGAGACAUCCAUUACUGGAGACAGGGUGGCCCUACUGAGCUAUGCUCCUCUCAACUUCCUACCCAGCACCCAGAGGAGUCCGGUUAGAACUGAGUUCAAUCUAACCACCUAUAACAGUAAGCGCCUCAUGAAGAGACACAUGGAGCAAGUAGUCCAGCAGCUGAAUGGAGAUGCUUUCCUUGGUCAUGCCCUCAGGUGGGCACUGGACAACGUCUUUUUAAACACACCCAAUUUGAGAAGAAACAAGGUCAUAUUUGUGAUAUCUGCCGGAGAAACCAGCCACUUGGAUGCAGAAACCUUAAAGAAAGAGUCUCUACGAGCCAAAUGUCAUGGGUAUGCCCUCUUUGUGUUUUCCUUGGGCCCUGACUGGGAUGACAAAGAACUGGAAGACCUGGCCAGCCAUCCUGUAGACCAGCACUUGAUCCAGCUUGGCCGAAUUCAUAAACCUGAGCACGGAUACAGUGUGAAGUUUGUGAAGUCCUUUAUAAACUCCAUCAGGCAUGGGAUAAAUAGGUAUCCACCCGUCAACCUCAAAGCCAAGUGCAACAGACUCAGCUCUACGGAUCUGAAGCCGCCCCCACGCCAGUUUCGGAGCUCUGUUCCAGGACCACAGAAAGCUAUCCUCAAAGACCACGCACCAGAGGUAGCCAAGCUCUUUCAAGAUAAAAAACACCUUUCAAGUCUGCUGAGGGGUGGCAGAGCUGCUGUUUCAAGUCUUCCCAGAAGCACACACUACACCUUUAAGCAGGGGAAAGAAGCGAUGAAAGCGACUUCCAAACUCGGUCAACGAAGCGACUGAACAAGUUAGCCACGGUCAGACUCUUGACUCAGCACCAGUCCCACCCCUGAACUCUGAGCUCUUAACUGGGCUGCUCACCAGCCUCCGAGCGAGGACUGCUCUGGAGGGAAGAACAAGCCAGUGGCUGUAGGCAGUCAGGUGCCGUGACCCCUACACGCGUGGGAUUAAAAUCUAUUUUGUAUGUUUACUUGACAACUCCAGACAAUUCUAGCGUAACUAUGAGGAGAUGGAAGAACACAACACACACAUACACGUUUUGAAAGUUGAAUGGAGACAUAAUUUUGAAGUUGACUUUUUUUUUUUUAAACAGUGUAUGCCUGGACAUGGGCCAACGUAAACUCUUAAUUGCUUCCAUGAGCAAAGCCGUCUCUUUAAUGUGCUACGGUUUAAUGCUCAUCUGUUUACUAAGGGCGCUUCAAUGUUGUGGAGCUAGUAAACAUUUACCCUAGAGAUGGAUGCUGGUUUUAGGACAUGGUUCUGGCAAUCUGACCUCCAGGACUUCCAUUUCAGUGCAGCAGGUCUGGGUAGCCUGGCUGGCCUGGGAAGGCUUGUGCUGGAAGGCUGCCUCUGGCCUUCUAAAGUGGUUUGCCUGGUCUGUAAGAAGCAGAGAGUAACCCUCCCCAGCUCUCUCUUCCUAAACUCUCUGGGAAACUCAACCUACUCUCCAGGAAUCCCAGUCAGGCUUAUGGGCUGGCUUUUCAAUAUAGAACUUCCUGCCAAGCCGUUUCAGUGGAUUUCUGGUCUUUUUUCCUUGCUUUGGUCAUUUAUUAUUUUUCACUAAUCCAUAUGUUCCUUAGACAAGAAGGCAGGCAUCCUGUCCUGAGUUAGCCUGAGUCUCUUUACCCAUGGGGCAGCAAGCAUUAGGCUACAGCGAGCAGCACGAAGCAGGACUGGUGGAGCUCGGAAUGAAAUGGAAGUGAGCCUUGGGGUGUAAGAAAAGUCCCGAAAUCUGGGUUGAAUCUCAGAGCCCAGCCCUUCAAGCAUUCGAUGGUGGCUUUGUCUCCCCAUUCCUGUCUAUUUCUUUCUUCUUAGGGUAGGGGUAUUUUCAACAACUAAACAUCAAAGUGGCAUUGUGUUGAGGCCUACCACCCAGAUCUUACCUCAGUUUACAGCUCAAUCCCCAAUCACUGAUGGCGCAGUCAGGCAGAAUGUCGCUGUCUUUGGGAGGGAAAGGGAGCUGUGUAUAGGAAGUGGGUUACUAACACUGCGGGCCACAAGAAUGUAUUCAGAUCUUCUUUUCUAUACUAUACCCCUGUUCAGGAAAUCUGGAUGGAUGAGUCACAUGCAGUAAUGUUUUUUAACUCUUUGGUGCUGCCAAUCCUGGGGCAACUGCAAGGAGACAGCCUCCUGUGCCUUCUGGAAGCAGGAAAGCCAGGAGUAACAGUGAGUUUGCACUCAGGUGCACGCCAGCUCCACGUAUCCUAAAGGCACUUAGAGGCUCAGGAACACUGUAUGUUUCAGUACAGGGAACUGCUGGGCAAUGUUUAAGCAGGCUUCGUAACAGCAGGGACUUUUCUAACUAAACCUGCUCGAGCAGACACUUUUGUGCUUAUUGUUGGAGAUACUUUGAAAAUGUACUUUUUUUUUUUCCUGUGUUGGUAAGUAAGUAUAGUACCUUUUGUGAAAAUUCCUUGGUGAUUAAAAUUAUUUGAGCAUC